AUGUCUUUUCAAAACAAAUAUCCGCAAGAGAUGAUACAUGAUAAUCUAAUAACGAUGUUAAUUGGGGGCAGUGAUACAAUUGCUACUACGGUAGAUUUUGUGAUUCUUAUGUUAGCCAAUUUUCCACAGAUACAAGAAAAAGUAUAUAGAGAAUUAUGGAAAAUUUAUAAGACAGAAACUCCAAAAUCUGCUCCAAUUAAAUACGAAGAUUUACAACAUAUGGAUUAUUUGGAUCGUGUCAUUAAAGAAACUAUGAGAUUAUUUCCUAGUCUUCCGUUAAUUGGGCGAUAUUUAACAAAGGAUAUAAAAAUGGGAGAGAAUAUCUUGCCAAAAGACACUCAUGUUAUCUUGAGUAUACUGGAUCUACACCGAAAUAAAAAAUAUUGGCCUAAUCCAUUGGUAUUUGACCCGGACAGAUUCCUCUCUGAGAAAAUAGAAACAUCUUACAAACAUUACAUGCCAUUUGGUUAUGGACUCAGGAAUUGUAUAGGUAUGAGAUAUGCAAUGAUUUCAAUGAAAGUUAUCUUAGCAGUUUUGAUAAGAACAUUUAUGUUCAAAGUAGAGAAAAGUGUUCAAAUAGAUAAAAUUAAAUUAAAUAUGAAUCUAACAUUAUGUAGUAAUGAACCUAUACAUGUCAUUAUGAAAAAACGAGAAUUACAUUAA